AUGAGCGACAUGUCAGCAGAAAUUUUGGUAUAUGAUAACAUGCUUUGGACGGCCUAGUCGUGCAGACUGGUUUUAGUUCUAUCUCUUGUCCAGAUGUUACGUGUAAGAAGACGGUUGGUUUGCAUAGUAGCUGGUCAACCUCACUUAGGUCAGCAGGGACGAUUUCUAAUUCUUUAA